CGGCGAAGGGGAAUGGGUUUAAUGGGAGAUAGGUGUUUUUAAUAAAAUAAAGGAAACGAGCUUUAAUAGACUAAGAACGAGUUAUGGAAGUUUCUGGUAAACGAAAACCAAAAAAGACUCUUUCUCUUUCACGAGGUUCAGCUGAGGACUUUUUAUUGUUCUGUAUCCCGUGUGAUAGAGAUGGUGUCCGGGUACCAGCAAAAGGUUAUUGUUUAACCUGUACAGAACAUCUUUGUGACACUUGUUACAAGCAUCACAAGAAACAAACUCCAUCACGUCAUCAUAUUCUACUAGAUCAAGACUCUAUGCCAACUACACCAAGCGUUCCAAUCGUAAAAGACGAAUUUGAUAGUUGUGAUGAUCAUGAAGACGAAAAACUGAAAUUUUACUGCAGGGAUCACGACAUCGUUGUUUGCAGUAUUUGUACAACACUAGAUCAUAGGACCUGCAAUGUGGAAUACAUUCCAAAACUCUCUAAAUAUAUUAUAGACAGUGAAGAACUUAAUGAAACAAUGACAGAAAUGAAAGCACUGGAGGAUAAUUAUAAAUCACAGAUAAAGAGAGUAAAAGACGAGAUAAAAGCUAUUUCUCAAAACCACGAUGACGUAAUUAAGGCGAUUCGUCAAUUCAGAAAAGAACUAAAUACACGUCUAGACAAAAUGGAAAAACGUGUUGUCAAAGAAGCAGACAACAUACUUCUUAAACAAACAACGAAUCUAAAUGAUUUAUCAAUGGAGGUACAAACAAUCACAAACGAACUGGUUGAGAAACAAGUACGACUACAUAAAUUGAUGCAAAAAAAUCGCCUUGAUAAAUUGUUUGUUGAAAUGAUAGACGCAAAGAAACGACUCGAAGAUAUGAGGGUGAGGCAAAAACAACAUAGUCUAACAGAUGAUUUUCAAACUGUAUCAUUUGUCAAAAACAUGUACAUUGUCGAUGUGAUAGAUAGGCACCAGAAGCUUGGAGAACUUAUAACAAUGAAUACAUCCAUGGUUAUACAAUAUACGGAUAAGACGCUAAAACUUGAAGUUGUUGAAGAUAUUAAUAGUUCCUCACUUGGUGAAAAGAUAAGUGACAUAACUGGGAUGGACGUUCUGCAGUCAGAUAAAAUGGUUGUCUGUGAGUUUUCAAAAAGGAAAGUAAAAUGCUUUGAUACAGUACAAAUGAGAAUUAUCUCAGAGAUACAGCUAAGUAAAUCACCGUUUGAUUCGGCAGCUAUUACCAAUGACAAAUUCGUCGUCACUGUACCUGAUGAAAGAAGUAUUCAUUUCAUGUCGUUAACAAAUAGACAGAUAACAUCUGAUCUCCAUGUAAAUAUCAAUGAAAGGUGUCAUGGCAUUGCUUGCAGCAGAGAUAAAAUUGUUGUUUCAUGUAUUGCAGUUCCCGGAAAAGUUUUAGUUUUGUCUGGUAGGGGUUAA